AUGCCGAAAACCUACAAGAGGAAAACAAGCUGGGGCUCAACCCCCCUUGAAGAGAUGGAGAGAGCAGCCACUGAUGUUAAGGGGGGAAAGUCCAUCAGAUCAGUGGCAAAAGAAAUAAAUAUUGACAGGUCAACACUAAGGAGAUACGUGAAAAAGAGGGAGGCAAAGGAAGUGAAAACAGUAGGGUACGGUGGAACAGCAGAAGCAAAGAGAGUCAUCUCAGAGGAGGUGGAGAAGGAGCAAGCUGAGCAUAUCAAGAAGCUCUCGGAGCAGUUCCAUGGCCUUACUCCAAAGAAAUGCCGUGAACUGGCUUUGGCAUUGGCAGAAAGGAAUAAUAUUCCUACCCCCAGCAACUGGAUAGAGAAAGGUUUAGCCGGUAAAGAUUGGUUCAAGAAUUUUAUGGCACGCCACCAUCUCUCCUCCGUAUGCCUGAAGCGUCAUCUUUUGGAAGGGCUACAGCCUUCAGUAAAACUACAGUUGGGGAGCUCUUUGACAAUCUGGCAAAGGUGA